AUGUCAUCUGCCAAGGCGUCAGGAUCCGACGCGAAUGGUGGCGCGCGAUCGCACGAGCACAACCAGGGCAACCAAGACCGCAAGUACACAGUCGAGCAGAAGGCGGCCGUUCUCCGAAUUCGAAAAUGCGGAGCCACGGAUUUCUACGAGAUCUUGUCCGUUGAACGGUCGGCGACAGACAGUCAGAUCAAGAAGGCAUACCGGAAACAGUCUUUGUUGACACAUCCCGACAAGAACGGCUACGAUGGGUCCGAUGAGGCCUUCAAGAUGGUGUCGCGCGCCUUCCAGAUCCUUUCGGACGAAGAUAAAAAGUCUCGCUAUGAUAAGUUUGGAGGGGACCCCGAUAGCAGAUUUAACCCCGGCCCGAGUGCCUCCAGCGGCGCCUCGCCUUUCAGUGGAUUCAGCGGUGGUGGAUUCCCGCGAUCAGGAGGACGUGGCCCAGGUUUUGAGGAAGAAAUAUCACCUGAAGAGUUGUUCAAUCGAUUCUUCAGCGGUGGAUUUGGAGGAAUGGGUGGUGGCGGCUUUGGUGGUCCUGGUUUUGUGUUCAACAUGAACGGAGGCCCCGGAUUCCGUGUACACCAAUUUGGAGGCGCCCCCCGUCGCAGACCUGCUGCCAACGCCGCUGGACAGACACAAGGCAACAUGGACGGCUGGACUCUGCUCCGCCAGCUCGCCCCUCUUCUCAUUCUCUUCGUUCUCCCUCUUCUCUCCUCGCUCUUCUCCUCCUCACCCGCAGCUACACCAUCCUACCGAUUCGACAACGCGAAACCGCCACACACAAUGGGCCGCACCACACCCAACCUGAACCUUAAUUAUUUUGUGAAUCCGCUGGAAGUGGAUGACUUCAGCGCGCGGAGAUUCAAGCAACUGGACAAACAAGUCGAGACCGACCACGUGAGAACUCUCCGGUUUGAAUGCGAGAAUGAAGUGAAUCAACGGGAACGCAAGAUCCAAGAUGCCCAGGGCUGGUUCUUCCCGGACAUUGAGAAGAUGAAGGAGGCUCGAGCAAUGGAGCUUCCGAAUUGUCGACGAUUUGAGAAGUUGAGAGGGAGAUACUGA